AUGAAUUCAUUACCUCCGUCUGUUAAUAGUCUCUUAUCGAAUAUCAAAUCUACGGUUGAAUUGUUAAUACAAUUUCGAUGUGAUUCUUUAACAACAAAAUAUGGCGCUAUCGAACGACUUCGACUGGCUAUUCUGGCAAUUUUAUCACACGGUCUCAAACAGAAUGCGGGAGAUGUAUACGAGCAAUUGUGGCAGUUAAUCGUUCGUUUAAAUGCAAAUUCUCAACGUUACAUUCGUCUACUUCAAGAUAUUUAUCAUAAAGAAAAUAUACGAUUGUCAGUCGAACAAUGGAUCGAUCAAUCAGUGAUUAGUCAAUGUUUAUCACACCAACUAUGCUGUGCUACAAACGAUAAUGAUCUACUUCCACAUUACUACUACAAUCAUGCUUUCAUGCGAAUAUCAGCGUUUUAUGAAGCAUUCCUGUUAUGCAUACGAGCUGUUGAAUAUAAUGAUCCGUCGCUAUUGAUUGACAUCGACCCGAAAUUGUCUGUUACCGGAUAUAAUCCCACGAUAACUAUCAAGGAAGUAGCAAGUCCUUCAACUACUCUUCCAUCCCCUCCUACGAAAAUCUUCUCGCCAAUGCUCCUUUCGGCUGAUAAAACUACAGAUGAUAUUCAAGAAAAACUUCAUCCACUUACUCGUCAACGUACACUUCACCGCCGUAUUCAUAGUGAUCCAGUCUUCUCCAUCCCUAAACAUUCUCUUAGUUCAAAUCGCCUACGUGUUACGUCACCACCACCUACACCUAUCCAUGAUGAGAAUAAAAGUAUUCCAAGCAUAUCCUAUUUUCAAUCAGACGAAUGUGGUUCCUAUGGAUCAAGUUACGACUCUCGUGGGGAUAUAUUGGAUCAAAAUAAACAAACGAAUCUAACUUUAGGACAGUCGACCUCUCCUCAAGCGCAUCGCCAGUCAAUAUCGAGUGAUAUCACUUUGAUUGAUGAGAAGAAUCACAAUAAUCGAUCCUCGCCGUCAUUCACCAAUGAAGAGACAACACUCUCAACCAAUUCUACCUCACCUAUGGAUCAGAGUUUUACAACAUUUUCGACAAAUGAUCACCCUACACGAAGUAUUCGUCUUCCACACUCUUCGUUACUUUGGCCUCGAAAAGGUCAAACGCUCGAUAAUUACAUUCGCGAGUGUGAUUUAAAAACUCGUACAGAUGUUGAAAAGGAGAAUGCACAUUUCUACUUCAGUGAAGCCAUCAUAUCGGCCAUUGAACAAAUUAAAUUUACUCAGCAAUGUAACAAAUACUUUGGCCAAUCAUGGCCAUCAUCAUCGAUAGCUAGUCUGUGUUCACCGUGCGAAACUGUUCACGUUUCUUCCUCAAAUAGCAGUUCAUCACCACCUACACAACAAUAUAUACCUUGUAAUUCAAAACUAGUAACUAGUAAUGAGUACAAAAAUUCGACGAUGGAAAUAUCACAAUAUGAUCCGAAUUCGGAGAUAACAGAAUCGACUGAAGCACCUAAUAAUUUCGAUUGGUCUGUUCGAAGUUCUGCUUUAAGUUUAAAUUUACAAGAAACAUCUGCGGAAUCUAUAGCGUUAUCACUGAUGGAAACAUGGAAGAAUUACAAAGUUCCAACAGCACCUGAACUCUUCUGGAUGAUUCCACAUGAUGAAGAUCUACCACAAGAGUUAUUACCUCUACCUGAGGGUAUAUCAGUUGAUCCUAGUGAAGACUAUCUUUCGAAUGAAGAUGGCCAAAGGAUUCUAUGUCGAGGUAAUAAUCAAUGGGCACCACCUCGCGAACAAUUGAUCUUUCAUAUUCAUCAACCAGCCAAUCGUGAUCAUCAACUGAGAAAACAAAGCUAUCUUUGUGCUGGCUGUGGUCGUCAUGUUGAAAAAGGCUAUGCUCAUCGUUAUCGCUACUGUGAAUAUACCGGAAAAUACUUUUGCCGAAGUUGUCAUUCGGAUAAACGUUCGUUUUUACCAUCGUAUAUCAUUUCCAAAUGGGAUUUUUCCAACAAGCACAGUGUAUCGAACUUCGCGUUUGAUUAUCUAAAUCGUAUUUAUGCUGAUCCAUCGUUUAAUCUUCAUGACUUAAAUCCAAAACUAUUUGAAAAGAAUAAGCCGCUAAGAGUGGUCGCUGAACUACGUUUGUCAUUGUAUUAUCUUCGUAAUUAUAUUCUAACAUGCCGCUUUGCGAAAGAAAAAGGUUCUCAGCAAGUUUUCCAAAAAUUAUCAUCGUAUAUCUACUCCGAUCCACAAAUGUAUUCAAUUCAAGAUCUAUUCAAAACCAAAUCAGGUGAUUUAAUCAAGGUGCUCGAACCCAUUGUAGUCAAUUUACGUGAACAUGUGUUGACAUGUCCGUUGUGUCAUGCCAAAGGAUUUAUAUGUGAAAUAUGUAUGAAAGAGAAAGAUAUUAUUUUCCCAUUCGAGUUAGAAACUACAAAUGUCUGUCAAGUGUGUCAAUCGUGUUUUCAUUUUCAAUGUUGGGAAAACAGGAAAAUUCGUUGUCCAAAAUGUGAAAGAAACAAAAGUAGAAGUAGUCUUACUUCAUCGAAGCGAAGUAACACACCGACGAAUGUUGCACAAGAAAAUGAUCGACUAGCAUCCAGUAUUCUUCUUUCGUAA